AGAAGAAGUAGGGAUAGAUAGUGUAGGGUCUUCUCAUAGAGUUCCUACAUGUGACUAAUAUUUGAGAGUUUCGUGGCCCCCUUUUGUCGGAAAACAGCAGUUUGGAAAAGGCCAAAGCCAAUCUCUACAAAAAUACAAAAAAAUUUCGUCUUCUUCGUCGUGCCUUUUAAGUGUUGGACCGUUUUGGUCUUUGUCUCUGCUUUGUUUUUUUCUUCUUUUUUUUAAACUGUUUCUAUUUGUGACUGUACAAACAAAACCAGAGGAAACAGAGAGACACAGACACAGAGAGAUGUAGAGAGAUUCUGGGUUUAUUCUUCUCUCUCUCUCUGUUAGGGUUCCAAGUUUUGACAACAUGAGGAAGAAACUUGAUACUCGUUUUCCAGCCUUGCGUAAGAGAUGAUCCUGUAUAUGGAGCUCAAAGGAAGCACACAAGUCAUCCCUCCAAAGCAAAGCACUUUUUUUGUAGGAAAAUCCCCUUCUCUAGUUUGGAAAUUGAAGUGAACCACCCACAUAAUUAUGUAUUUUUUCGCUCGGAUUAAGAAGAUUAUGCAAGCAGAUGAGGAUAUUGGGAAGAUUGCCAUGGCUGUGCCUCUUCUAGUUUCUAAAGCUUUGGAACUCUUUCUGCAAGAUCUAUGUGCUCAGACAUAUGAGAUUACUUUGAAGAGAGGAGCAAAGACCCUGAAUUCUUUGCAUUUAAAACAGUGUGUCCAGGCCUUUAACGUUUUUGAUUUUCUGAAAGAUAUCGUCAGCAAGGUUCCUGAUUUAGGCGGUUCAGAAGCUGCUGGUGAAGAUCGUUCUGUUGCCAAAAGAAGGAAAAUUACCUAUAACGUUGAAAAUGAUAGUGAUGAUGAGUCUAAGAGGCAUAAAAUGCAUGAUGCAGUCCACAAUAGCAGCAGUGGCAGAGGAAGGGGUAGGGGCAGAGGUAGAGGUAGAGGUCGUGGGCGAGGUAGUCAAACAGUUGAGAGAGAGACGACUGCACAAUAUGAGAAGUUUGAAGAUGAUCCAGAUGAUUCUGAGCAUGAUGAAAAACUCAAUCAAAGUCUUGAGAGGCUUGAUGAUAAUGGGGCAGAAACCAAAGAAUGGAAGGAAAAUAUUCUGGCUGUCAAAAGUGAAGAAGCACCCAUUAGAAACUUUGACUUGAAUAUGGACUUAGAUGAGAAUGGGGACUCAACAACUACAGCUGCUGUCCCUGCUAGUUCAUCUGCAGAGCCCAUUCCAGAAAUAAAGCCCGAGGAAUACCCUGACUGGUCUGAAUCUGAAAUGAAAAAUAUCGCCAUUGAUCUCGUACAACUUGCCAACUUAAGUAGAAGGAUAGAUGAGGAUGAGGAUGAGGAAGAUUAUGAUGAAGAAGGUUGAAUGACCAUGCAUUUCUGGUGCUUGUCUUAACUUAUCUCACAUAGGUUGGUAGUUCUUAUUUUCUGAUAUACAAGUAGAUGUGUUAGGCUAAUAUUAUUGUGAUAGAUGGUUAGGAAUAGAAAAGGAAGAUGAAAACUGCAAAUACCAUUCUAGGCAAGGCUGUAACUGUAGUUCUUUAGGUUUUAGAUGUUCGUGGCUUCUGUACCAUUAACUGACAGUUUCAAACUUAUUUUCUUCCUUCAGCAUAUUGAAAUCUUAAAUUUUGGUGCAA